UUGUGCACGAAAGCGGACUAACAGACUAAAUAGGACUAAAAGGAAUAUCUUCAGACAUACAUUAAGCUACAGAUGUUUUGACGUUCCUGUCGUUUGUGGAUUUGUUGAUUUGGUCGCUGUCCGAGCAGCAGGUUUGUCUCGUCUAAAUGUAAGCUGCAGCUGUAACUCCUUUCGACAUGUUAUCAUCUCAGAAACUGUCACACCUGCUCCUCACAGUCCUGCUGCUUGGUGGCUUGGCAGCAGAAGGAACUCAGAAUGGGUCAGAGACGGAGGCGGUGUCCUCUGUGCGACUGGCAAGUGUCCCCUCCAACAGGGACAUUGUGGUGAAGGAAGGAUCCAGCAUGCUGAUUAAGUGUAAUGUGACUGGAGUUUACGAUAAAGUCAAGUGGUACAACUCUAAAGGACCUUUGCAGGAUGAGGACACAGGUGGGAAAUGGCAGAUUCAAGAGGAGGGUGUCCUGAACAUCACUGUGGUCUCCUUCGAGGACCGUGGCCGCUACACUUGCGUGGCCUCCAGCGGUGCUGGUGUGACCAAAAACUACACCGUCACUCUCCGUGUAGCCCACACUGACAGUGGCCUGGGCCUUUACUACGUCAUCGUUUGCCUGGUGGCCUUCACCAUCACCAUGAUCCUCAAUGUGGCGCGGCUCUGCAUGGUCAGCAAGCACCUCAAGAAGACUGAGAGAGCCAUCAAUGAAUUCUUCCGCACUGAGGGCGCAGAGAAGCUGCAGAAGGCAUUUGAGGUCGCCAAGCGCAUUCCCAUCAUCACGUCAGCCAAGACGCUGGAGCUCGCCAAGGUCACGCAGUACAAGACCAUGGAGUUUGCUCGUCACAUGGAGGAUCUGGCCCGGAGUGUUCCUCUGCCGCCACUUAUCCUAAACUGCCGCACGUUUGCAGAGGAUGUUGUGAAGACGGGGAACCAGGGGCCUCAGAAGGUUGAGGGGUCAGUGUCCACACACAGACAAGCCGACAAAAAUGGAGAGGAGGAAGGAAAAGAGGUGUGUCAGGCGCUUCUGUCAAGUGGUGGGAACAAUGAAGGCAGCAUUGAUGUCAAAGUGUCAGUCCACACAGUUUCUGAGAAGGUGGACAGUGAGGAUAAUGAGGCUGAGAUGUGCCUUCAUGUGCCGGGCUCACGAACAAGUGUGUCCUAUGAGAGCAACGUGUAGGCUAUCUCAGACUGAAUCCCAUCAGAAGAAACAAGUCUUCUGAAAUGAAGACAUCUAUCUUCAAAACCAGUUAGCUUUCCAGGUACAAGUUUUCCAAUUUUGUUUUGUUCUUUUCUUGAGAUGGACACCAUAGCUUCAACUGAUCUUGGACAUUUUGACUUAUAAUACUGCAUUCUCGUACGUGCUGAGUCAUGUUCUUCCUCCUUCCUGUUUGAAAAUAUCACAAUGCAGUGAUUAGAUGUUGCUUUUUGUUGUUGUUGUUUGUCUGUUUAUGUUUACAGCAGUCUUAUUUGUUAGCAUUUUUUUCCACAUCAUUAGCAUUGUACACGUGCACUGCCAUAUGCGUAACUGGUGAUAUUGAAUGAAGUCCAAUUGGAUAUAUUUUGCUCUCAGGAGGAACAAAUUCCCAUUGUUGCCUAUAAGGCAUUGUUUUAUGCCUAUAAAAUUGCAACAGUACUGCACAUUUUGAGCCAAACUACGUCAGCAGAGCUCUAAAUUAUUAUUUAAUUUUUCAUAUUUUUGAGGUGGGAUCCCCUUAACAUUCUUCUCCAUGCAUCUCUGCACACAGCUAGUGUAGCAGCAGAUAUGGAGGCUCAUUUUCCUCCUUCAGAAAGCACCGUUUGCUGCCGUUCACACUGACAGACAGUCAGCUUCCAGCGAACAAAAUGUUGUAAUGAAAUAUCCUUAUUUUAUUGUGUCAAUUGUUUGCAUGUCACUGCUUCCUGUCAAUCAUCUUACAUUCACAGCAAGAAGUGAAAGACUUUGAAAUAAUGCCUCAAAAGCAUGUCACUUCACAGACUUGAUUGCCAUCUCCAUUUCUCUUUAUUUGGGUCUUUGCUAGUCAGACGAGCAGCUAAUUACGGGGUAGGGUUGGCUUCAGAGUGACUGUUUCAAAGAAAGAAGUAAACAUAAAAAAGCGAUACAUGAUGUUUGAAGGAUUUUUCAAAAAAAUACCUUUCAGAGGCAGCACUGAGGCACAAACAUGAUUAUUUUUACAUUUGAGCUCUGAAACAUGUCUGCUGUGAUGGAAAAAGUCUGAAAUUGUGCUCAUAAAUAUGCAGGUGUAAUCUAUCAUAUUUUUAUGUGUUCAUGCUUAGAAAAGUCAGAGGCUUUCAUCUUUAAUAAUGAAAGUGAUGCAGCAUUUUCUUUCUGUAUUUACUGUGACAUUUGAAUGUGGAAGGUAAAUAGUAAUUCAUUUGUGGCAAAGCUGUAAUAUUUUUGUUGUCAAGGUUUAUAUGUACACACAGAUUUUCCAUAUCUGGGGUAAGGUGUCCAAUAAUAGGAGUGGGUCCUCCCUAACAACAGUUCCUCUAUAUGGGGUGACGCAGCUUAAAAAGGGAGUUUUUUUGUUGUUGUUGUAUUCCAAUAUUUCAUUUUAAAUUAAUAAAAUUAGAUGAAAUAUAA